AUAAUCAAUCAACAAAUUUGACAGGUUGUCGGGUUGUCGGUUUAUCAAAAUUUAAUAAACGUAUACAUCGUAUUCAGAUUUACUUUUUUUUUGUCCUAUAGCGGAUUAUAUUAAAAUGGCUGUGGCGACUGGAACCUCGUUGAUAUUGGCUUCAAUAAGCUCUGUACUAAUAUUUUCUGGAAUGCAGAUGUUCAAACCUUGGUUCAGUUCAUCACAAUUGCAUACACUUUUUGGUGGAUAUUUGGGUUCACUUUUCUUUGUACUUCUUCUCACGGCAAUAGGAAACUUGGAAACCUACCUCUUUGGAAAGUCGUUUCAAGUAAAAUUGUUUCCUGAAGUGUCCUUAUCCUUGUUGAUUUCUAUAUUGGCUUCAGCAACUAUUCACAGAGUUUGUGGAACAUCUUGCUUGUUGCUGUCAUUGUGCGCUCUCUACUAUUUGAAUAAGUUUUCCCAGAGGGUCUACACAGUUCAAACUGCCCCACCUGUCGUACAAACUGGAAAGAAGAAAAAAAAUAAUUCUUAAGUUUCUGCAAUCACUCUCAAUAUAAGAAGUUAGUAUCAAAUGCCUUUUGAUGUUUAAAUGUAAACAGUUUUCAUACAUUACAUAACUUUUCAAUUAAUACAAAAUUUUUUAUAUUAAUAUAUAAUAUUGCAAAGCAACUGGAAUUAUCUUGAAAAUAAUUUAUUAUUAAAGCUUCUGAAAAGAUACUGCAUUGAUGGACAAAGGCAGUUUUAGAAGAACUUGUUAAAAAUAUCUGUGGUUGCUUCCUUUCGUUGUAUGUGCAUUUUUCAAUUAGCAUCAAAAUUCAAAUUUUUACAAAUCAAAUUAUGUGUAUAUACAGCUUUGAAAUUUCUGUAUAUAAUACUAUAUCCUAGAUUUUAUUUAUAUUGACCACAUACCAUACCAGCACCAACAACUAAAUAUUAGGUCCUACCUGCCUUUCAUUGGUCAUAUAUUUCUCAAAAGACAAGACAUUUAGUCCAGUGAACAACACUUUUUACCUCAGAUUUUCAUCAAGACGCAUCGAUUUGCUUGAAAUUUCAACAGUAGAUAGUUCAUAGUUAAUUGUGGGCGGCCAAGGAGCCGUUGAGCACAUAUGCCUUCAGAUAGGUAUUAUUAUUAUUAUCUAAUACAGGGCAGGCAGCCUAAGGCUGUUAGUGCCCCCUUAAAAUUAAUGAGUACAGUUAGUUUAUUGUUGUUAAAGUUUUACAUAUUAUACGUAUUGUUAUUAUAGCCAGUAGUUUAUAUCACAAACGAGUGCGCAAAUAUGAGUCAAGUCUAUUUUUGAAUUGAUUUAUUGUUUCUGAGUUGAUGACUUCUUCAGGUAGCAUAUUCCACUGUUCCACUAUUCGGUUGCUGAUGAAAUGUUUUCUAGGAUUGGAAUGACAUCUGUCUUUUGAUAACUUUGAGCUAUGGCCACGCAGGUUGGUGUUUUGUAAAGGCAUAAAUAUCUUUUAAAGCACUACACUUGUAUAUUUGUUUCACAAUUUUAAAAGUUUCUAUAAGAUCUCCUCUUAAACGUCUGUCUUCUAGUCUAGGUAGAUUCAGUCUGAUCAACCUUUCCUCAUAGGACAAUCCAUAAAAACCAGUGGGUAGGAUUUUUGUGGCCCUUCUUUGCGUCUUCUCUAAAAGAUCAAUAUCUUUUUGAAAGUAAGGUGACCAGAUCUGGAAUCCAAACUCCAAAAUAGGGCGUAUGUAAGAUUUGUACAUUUUGACGAAGAGCUCUGUUGUGAUGUGUACAAAUGCUUUUUUUAUUAGAUAAAUUAAUGAAUUGGCCCUUUUGACAAUUUUGAUGAUUUGUGACUCCCACUUUAAGUUGUCGGUAAUAGUGACACCUAAAUCUUCUUGAACAGACACCACCUUCAGUGGGCUACCAUUUAUUAGAUAUUCUAUAUUUGGAUUGGUUCUUCCAAUGUGAAGCACAGUACAUUUUUGUAUAUUUAGGUUUAAUAGCCACUUUUUGGUCCAGUUGAAAAUGUUCGUUAAAUCAUUCUAUAUGGUUUCACGACUUGUAAGAGGAUUUGUUAGAUAUCUUGGUAUCAUCGGCAUAUGAGCUUUUUGUUGACUGAAUUAAUGACAGCAGGUCUGUGGUGUACAAGAUAAAAAGUACUGGGCCGAGCACUGAACCCUGUGGUACUCCGCUAACAACAUUUCCAAAUUCUGAUACUUUUUGCCCAACUCUAACGUAGAAUUUUCUGUCAAUCAAAAAUGACUCAAUCCAGGAUAACAGUUUUCCUCUAAUUCCAAGAUGCUCCAGUUUUAUCAGAAGUCGUUUAAUUGGGACCUUGUCAAAGGCCUUCUCAAAAUCGAGAUAUACAGCAUCAAUUGGAUUUCCUUUGUCCCAUUCCUUAGUCCAAACGUCUAAAUUAAGAAGCAGAUUAGUGGUGACUGACCUUCCAGGGGUAAAGCCAUGUUGUUCGGCAGGCAGAAUAUUUUCUUCAUCCAUGAACUUCAGUAACUCAUCCACUAUUAUUCUUUCCAUAAUCUUACAUGGGACUGAUGUAAGGCUAAUGGCUCUGUAGUUGGAGGCUAUCUUUUUAUCACCUUUCUUGUGUAUGGGGGUUACUGAGGCCAUUUUCCAAUCUCUUGGUAGUUGUCCAGACUCAAGCGAAGUCUGCAUUAAUAAACAUAAAGGAUGGGACAGGCUCUGCCAACAAUUUUUUAGGAAAUAUGAACUGAUGCAGUCUGGACCUGGUGCUGAGUCGCUUCUUAAAUUCUUCAAGGUUUUUUCCAAUUUUUCAACUGCAAACUCGAUACUGUCAAAGGACCUCUCUACUCUUGGCAGUUCAUCAAAGGCUGGAAGUUCAUCUAGCGCUUUAGUAACAUACUGCUUACAAAACUGGUCUCUGAAUACAUUUGCCACAGCUGUCGCGUCUUGUACUGUAUGAUUCUCAUCAGAGUUGAUAACACAAGGAACAGAUGAUUUUGAACAGAUUUGUUUCCUGAUGUGACUGUAGAAUGUCUUUGGGCUUCCAGUAGCAAUGUUUAUUUCAUACUGUCGCCGAGAUUGUCUUAUUUUGGCUGUUAGUUGGUUAUUAUUAAGUCUGUAGCGAGCAAAACUUUCUUCUGAUCUGAUUCUGGCAUGUUCGUCCCAUAACCUACGCUUUUCUUCUAUAACUUUAAUUAUCUCUCUAGUUAUCCAAGGUUUGUUAAGUGACUUUUUACUUCUUGGUGCCCUAAAGGGUAUAUGCUUAUCUACUGCCAUGUCAAUUAUUGUUUUCAAUUGAUUCCACUUAUCUUCGACCGACUCUGCUACUAGAAUAUUUUCAGGAUUGUAAUUGCUAAUAAAUUGAUUGAUAGAGUUAAAGUCUGCUUUCCAGAAAUUUCUUUGUCGCUGUUGAGGCAAAAUUCCUUUUUGACACUGCACUUGUAGGUUGACGAGUAACACCGAAUGAUCACUUUUAUCUAUUGGUGGACAAUAUUCAAUUUUGGUUACUAAAUUUUCGUCGUUACUGAGAACUAAAUCCAGUAAAGAGGGUUCUUGCAUUCCUCUGUAUCUAGUGGGCCUGUCAACAUGCUGGAACAAAUUACUUUCAGUAUACAUAGAAGUAAAGAGACUGUACGUUUCAUUUCUGGGCUCACCUAGUAUUGGCCAGCUUAGGUUUGGUAAAUUGAAAUCCCCCAUGACAAGGAUGUUCUCAGUAAAUGAUGCUGCCUUAAUACUUUCAUAAAAUUGCCUAUCGUUUUGUAGCAAAGAGUUUGGUGGUCUAUAAACUCCUACCAUCAUAAGCCUUACCUCAGCUAUUUGAAUUUUAAUCCACAGUGCUUCGUAUGGGUUUAAAUUUUCAGUGCUGUCAUCACUCGAAAUAACUUGUAGUCCUUGGUAGCAUUUCGAAACAUAUAUGGCGACCCCUCCAUAACCAUCAAAGCGAUCCUUUCUGAACAAAGAGUAGUUAUCAACAUUUACUAACGUGCCUGGUAUUGAUUGAUUUAGCCAUGUUUCUGUGAGAACAACUACUGCUGGUUUUUUUUUCUCUAUUUCUACUACUAACUGAUCAAAUUUAGUCAUAAGUGCAUUAGUAUUGGUAUAUAAUAUUGAUAUAUCCAUAAGUUUGUUUGUGUUUUCUACAAGUUUUUUGGGACUAUUUUGGGCAUGCCUCUCACAUAUUUAAUAAUAAGGUUCGUUUCACCCUCCUGGAUUCGCUUGUUCAGACUUUCACGCAAGUCCCUAAGAUACUGCCUUUGGGCUGGGGUCUGGUCGGAGUAUAUACGUAGUCUAUUGUUUUUGACCUUGUUCUUAUUCUUAAGAAUUGAAAUCGCUUGUUCUUUUGUUUCCAGCACAACUUUUAGAGGCCUUACCUUAUUGGCUUCAGAAGUCUUCCCCAAUCGGAAGCACUUUGUGUUUAUUGUGAUGUUACCUCCAACGGUCUCUUGCAAUAUUUCCUUGACACUAUUAAUGUCUUCCUCUUGCUUAGCUUUAACAUCUCUAGCAUUUGAUUCUGGUAAGUUAAAUAUAACAAUGUUUUUGGCACGCUCUUCACGCUCCAUCAUUUCAUUGAUGAGCUCUUCUCGAUCAAAGUUUGAUGCUGGUUGCACAUAUUGGCUUUGAGAUGUUUGAAGCAUUUGCCUGAGGCUUUUCAUCUCGUCUUGCAACACAACAAUCAAUUGUUUAAGAUCCGGGAUCUGGCCGAUAUUUGCUUUACAAGCUGGACAGUAGAACGUUAGAUGCCUGGUUCCUUUUAGGGCCAUGCAGCGAGUCUCAGUAGUAGAUAAUUUCGAGCAAGGGCCACAAAACUUUGUGGCAAAACCAUCACACUUAAAAAUUUCAUCCUGUCCAUAAGUUUUGUUGCACUGGGAGCAGUUAUUCAUUUUGUCCUAACCUCAAAACUACAAACUUCUUUUGCGACGAAAAUUGGAAUUUUUUUAACAGAACUAUAACUGUUUCGAGCUUUAGAAUGCAAUUAUUGACGGUAAACUUCAAAAGUCUCUUUUAAUAGUAGUUACAACAGUUGUUUUUGGAAUUGCAAUUAAAACACAUGUGCUCAUGUAAACAUAACCUCAUGCCCCACUUGACAUUACCAAAGGCCAAUAUACUUUGAGAAGCCAGUCAGGCGCUUUGACUUGAAUCCUGUGAUGCUAUUGGGCAAGUUUUAAUGUUUGCCCAAGUGUUUAAAGCGCGGUUGUUUAAGUGCAGGGCACUCACAGAUGACGUGGUCCGCGGUUUCGUCCUUCUCCAUGCACCAAGGCACUUCAGAUCAUCCGAGAUUGCGUCUUAGAUGACAGUGUCCGGUUAGAAGUCCAGUCACUAGUCUAAUUUCGCGCCUGUUUAGUUGGAGCAGUUGGUUGGUAUGGGAGGUAUGAGGUCCAUAUAUAUGUGCCUCCUGGGCUCACCAGUGAGUUCGCCAAUCCCAAUCUGGCGAGUGAGUCUGCCUUUGUUGCCCGAGUGACAAGGCACCCAAAUGAGCUGGAUCUUGCAGCCAUCACUCACCGAUUCUGUAGGACUCUCUUGCACUCCAGCACUAGCCUAAAACACACCUCUUCAGCUGUUAUGGCUUCUACGGUAGUUAUACUGUCUGAGCAGAUUGAGAUUACUGUAUGCCUGUUGUCACGAAAAAGAUUCGCUUAUUUUGGGGUGUCCACCACAGAAGUCUGCCCCAACCAAGUGAUUCCUUCUGGAGCCAUCUGUGUACCAGGUUUUGAAAAAUUUAAUAAGUGGAAAAUGGUCAAUUUUACGAAAAAAAUGUAUUGAAUCAUUUUUAAAGAACUUUAAGAAUUCAAAUGAGACUUUGUAAUACAUAAAAUAAGGGAGUUAUAACAAAAAGAAGAUAGAAUCCCCUCAUUUCAUGGAAAAAGAACGUCAUUUCUACCUUUGAUAAUGCCACCCUAAUUGAAAUAGAAAGUUAUGAAUUUGCAAAUCACUUUAAUUGAAUACAAAUAAUAGGAUCAAGAAGUUUGAAUUGUUCAGAGAGCUUGAUUCUAAAAAAAAUUAUAGUUGCAAUGGAUAAAGCAUUUAUUAAUUUUUUUAUAAAAUAUUUUUUUACUAAAAAUAACUUAACAAUAUUGAAGAUACGUUAAAACUGCCACAGAACGAAAAGUUAGGUUUUAAAAAAAAUUGAUUCGUUUUAUAAUUUUUUUCCUUAUUUCAGAAUUAAUAGAUAUAACAUUUUAAAGUUCACAGUAGCAUGUGAUUGGUACCGUUUUGGAGCCCUUUGAACGUUUCCCUUUUAUAAAGGGUUUAAUGUAUUCUAAACCGUUUUAGCCUAAUAGAUCAUCAAUUUUUAGACAAAAUGGUUUUUUAAAUGACUACCUAGUUCGAAAAUUAAAAGAGUUAUACUCAACUUUUUGCAAUUUUUAAGAGAGAAAAAUGUGUGAUUUGAUGAAGAAACAUUUGAGUUGAAUACAAUAAAAAAACAUUUAAUAUAAAUUAAGAUUAAGAGUUGAAAAACUUAAAUAGUAUUAUAAAUUAUCAUGUGAUCUUUAUUUUAAACCUACAAAUAUUUUUUUAACUUUCUAAAUGCUUUAAUUUUUAUUUCAUUGUAUUUUGACAAUAUUAUAUUUUACCCUUUACAUAAAUUUGCACAUAUUGGCAUAGGUAGAUUUUGAAGUGAUGGUUUAAUAGAACUUAAUUCCAAAAUUUCACGCAAAUCCACGUGUCUUGAUUGAAUUCUGAGAUCACACCAUGUUUUUAAUGUUCUUCACUGGACUAAGUGUAAUUGUGGGUAUAACUAGUGUAUUCAGUAAUAGUAUUGGGUAAAGGAUUACAGGUUGGGAAAAAUCGAAAAUUAUUUAGGUGGACAAUAUUCUUUAUAAAAAUUAAUCAACUUGUAUAAAUACUCAUUUAUUAAAAAAAUUGUAUAAUAAAUCAUAUUUUUCUCCUA